AUGGAGGUGGAGAAAGCCCCGCCGGGAGCUGAGAUGCUGCUGAAGACCUACAAGUGGCGGACGGCCGCGGCGGGCGAGCGGGAGCCCGAGCGGGGCACCGCGUCCCCGGGCAGCCGGCCCUGGGCCCGGCUCCAGGGCUGGAAACGUUCCUACAGCCAACCCGAGUCCGACGGUCCCGAGGACGGCGCCGGAAAAGGCGGCUCCAGCGCCAGGACCCCGAGCCCGGCCAAAGCCAGCGCCCGGCGGUCCCUCUUCCAAAGGGCUUUUUCGGCCCCCUCCAAGGUGGCCAAGGAGCCGCGGGGUGCCGAGGGGGGCAAGGCCACGCUGCAGAAGUACCUGCGCUCCAUGUCCAAGAGGAAGGGUCACGUGGAGAGCGGGGCCAGGGCGGAGCGGGUGCCCCACGAUGCGGCCCCAGCCCCCGAGAGCAGCCACGGCGUGCCACCCAUCCCGCUGGCCCCCAUGCCCGACGCCCCGGUGUGGGAUGUCUCCAACUUCUCGCUGGUAGAUGGCCAGCUGGUGCUCGUGGGCAGGGACGAGGAGGUUUUGUUCAGGAGCAGGAACCAGACCGGCAGCUCCAUCUCCGAUGGCACCAGCCUGCACCUGGCCGGUGGCAGGAGGGACCCCGAGCCGCCCACGGACGAGCGGAGCGGCCGGGCCGCGGCGAGAGGCGCCGAGGGCGAAGCCACCCAGUUCGGCAACGUCAAGGGGCUGCUAUGGAAGCGGCUGCGGGAGCGGAAAGGUCGCGCCGGGGCCAAAGCGGAGCCAACGGCGAUGCCCGGUGCCGACGGCGAGAGAGCCCCGAGCCGGAGCGGCUCCCGCGAGUCGCUGCUGCCACCGCCGAGCGCGGCCGAGCUGGACCUCACCGGGGACAACGUCAUCGUGCGGCCGGUGCACGGCAGCAUCGUGGGCGAGAAGUUCUGCUUCCAGGUCAUCACCAGCGAGGGCAGCCGCUCCUUCGGGUGCGCGUCCCUGGCCGAGCGCGACCGCUGGAUCGAGAACCUGCGCCGCACCGUGCAGCCCAACAAGGACAACUGCGAGCGCGUGGAGCUGGCGCUGAGCCUCUGGGUGUACGAGGCGCGGGACCUGCCGCCGCGACGCCGCCUCCGCUGCCAGCUCCACCUGGACGGCGCGCUCUACGCCCGCACCACGGCCAAGGCGGCCGGCCCCGGCGGCGAGCUCUUCUGGGGCGAGCUCUUCCAGCUGGCCGCCCUGCCCCGCGCCCGCACCCUCACCCUGGCCUUGUGCCGCGAGGACGACGGGCGGCCCCGCGAGCCCCUGGCCUCCGUCACCGUCCCCUUGAGCGAGCUGCUGGCCACCGCGCGGCAGCCCCUGGAGCGCUGGUACCCGCUGAGCGGCCCCGGGCACCCGUCGGGCCGCGAGCGGCCACCGGCCGUGAGGAUCCGCGGGCGCUACCAGGAGGUGAGGGUGCUGCCCAUCGUGCGCUACAAGGAGCUGGCCGAGUUCAUCACCUUCCACUACCGGGAGCUGUGCGCCCGCCUGGAGCCCGUCAUCGCCGUGCGGCACAAGGAGGAGCUGGCCGGGGCCCUGGUCCACGUCCUGCAGAGCACCGGCAAGGCCAAGGCCUUCCUCAUCGACCUCGGCGUGGCUGAGCUGGACCGCUUUGACGACCGUGAGGCGCUCAUCUUCCGCGAGAAUACACUGGCCACCAAGGCCAUUGACGAGUACAUGAAACUGGUGGGGGGCAAGUACCUCCAGGACACACUGGGCGAGGCCGUGGCCCAGCUCUGCACCUCGGACGAUAGCUGCGAGGUCGAUCCCAGCAAAUGCGCCGGCCUCGACCUCUCCGACAACCAGAACAACCUGCGGCAGGUCUGCGAGGAGACCUUCCAGCGCAUCGCCGCGUCCUGCGACGCUUUCCCAGCGGAGCUGGGCGAGAUCUUCGCGGCGUGGCAGGAGGAGUGCGCGGCGCGGGGCAAGGAGGGCAUUGGGCAGCGCCUGGUCUCGGCCUCCCUCUUCCUGCGGUUCCUGUGCCCCGCCGUCAUGUCGCCCAGCCUCUUCGGCCUCGUCCAGGAGUACCCGAGCGAGGCCACCGCUCGCACCCUCACCCUCGUGGCCAAGGUCAUCCAGAACCUGGCCAACUUCACCACGUUUGGCGAGAAGGAGGCCUACAUGGGCUUCAUGAAUGAGUUCCUAGAGCACAACUGGAGCACCAUGACGGCCUUCCUGCAGAGCGUGGCCAACCCCGAGAGCAGCGCCCACAUGGCCACUUACGACGGCUACGUGGACCUGGCCCUGGAGCUUGCCACCCUCCACCUCCUGCUCUGCGACAUUUUCUCCGGCCUGGACCAGGCCACGCAGGAGGAGCUGGAGCCACUGCCCACCAUCCUCACCGCCAUCAGGGACGGCACCCCCGUCCCUGUCUCCGUCCGGCUCAGCUCCAUCAUGGAGCAAAGCUCAGCGGAGAGCUCCAAGCCGGGCUUCGUGCUGCCGCGGGACCUGAGCAAGCACAGCCCCCUCAUCAAGAGCCAGUCGCUCAUCAGCAUCCGCCGGGUCCGGAGCCGGGAAGACGGCCCAGAACCGGAGCCGGAGCCGGCGCCGGAGCCAUCUCCACGGCCGGCCCGGGAGCGCAGGAACGUGCAGCGCACUCAGAGCGUGCCGGCGCAGAGCAAAGCCGCCCGGCGCCUGCGCAAGCAGAGCAGCGUCGAGCACGUGGCCGAGCCGCCGAGCGCCAACGCCUCGGGUCCGUCCGUCCCCCGCGACACCCCGGGUCGUUCCAAGCUGCGGCUGUCGGCGUCGCUGCCCCGCAAGUCCACGGUGCCGUGGCAGCGCUACGCGGAGGAGGCGGCGGCGGGGCCGAGCGAGCUCUAUGCCAUGCGGCCGCUGGAGAAGCACGGGCGGCUCAUCGAGGCGCUGCGGAAGGAGGUGGCCGAGAGCCGGGAGAGGCAGCGGGCGGCCGAGGCCCGGGUGGAGGCGGCGGAGGCUCAGCACCGCGGCCUGCGGCAGGAGCAGGCUCAGCACCGCGAGCAGCUCGAGCACCUCCGGCAGCAGCUGGAGGAGGCCAACGCUCGCUUGGCCAACCUGGGCGCCAGGUUGACGUCCGCCGAGGGCACCCGCAAGAAGGACCUGGAGAGGCUGAAGGCCAGCGAGGAGAAGGGCAGAGCGCUGGAGAACCGGCUGUUGGCACUAGAGCGGGAGCAUGAGGAGCUGCGCGGUGCCAUCGCCCAGCUCCGGGGCCAUCCCGGCAGGACGGCGCGCCGGGCGCUGCUGAGCUGGGACGAGAACGGCGACGAUGCCCAGGCCACCAGCGUGUGACGGCCCCGGCGCUGGGACCAGCAUGGCUCCGCUCCCUUCAUCCCCUUUGGUCCCCACCGUGUACCCGUUGCCCGUCGGUGGCCUGGCACCCGCUGUCACCUUCACCAGCACCCGGAGCUGCCUCUCCCUGGCCCCUUCUGAGGGUUGUUUAACCCCCAUCUCCCAGGGUCUCCUGUCCCCAGGCAAUAAAGUGUCGGUGUUGCUG